AGAGAGAGAGAGAGAGAAAGCACGCGAAUGAGAGAAAGUGAAACGAAGACAGCAUAACAAUACAUAUAUAUAUAUAUAUACCAAUUAAGCAAGAUGGCGGCAGUGAGCGGCUGCCUCGGUAACUGUACGGAAUUGGGAUGCGUUGAACAAGAAUGGUCAAUCGAAAACAUGUGGGCACCUUGGCAAACCUUUAAUAAUUACUUCGAGUAUCGCCCUUGGCUGUUCUCGUUGCUUGGCAGUGCAAUGGUCGGUCUUUCCGGAGUUUUUCCAUUAUUGGUCAUACCCAUCGACGAGGCCGCUGAUCUUAAACAUGGAGAUGGCGCUAAAACAUUAAAAAUUCUUCUGAGUUUUGCCGUUGGCGGCCUUUUAGGAGAUGUCUUUCUUCAUCUUUUACCAGAAGCUUGGGCUAAUUAUGCUACAAUACACACAGAAGAAAACAGUAAUGCUGAUAAAUCUUCAAUGGGCUGCGGUAUCUGGGUGCUCUUUGGUUUUCUUAUCUUUGUUAUUGCUGAGAAGUUAUUUAACACUGAAAAUAUUGAUAAACAUGAUAGCAAUAAAGAUGAAAAUAUCGAUGUUCUUAAGAAGAGUAAUAUGAUUAAAAAAGCAGACGCGCAGCAACACGAGAAUAACAAUUGCAGCCCGUUGAAUGAGUUUCAAGAUUGUAUAAAAGUAAUUAAAAAUGGAUUUACCAACAGGGAAGUAAUGAAAGUCAACGAUCUAAGGAAGGAACAUGAACAACAUGAUUUGAAAAUUUUGUCAAAUAGUGUCAACUAUAAGAAUUACAAUGGAUACGCAAAUGGUUUUGUCAAGGAUAAUGGUAUAAAGCACAAGUUGAACGGCUUUUGUGCCAAUCGAGAAUUGUUGAACAGAGACGAUGAUCAAAUGUACGAGAGAAACGUAAAAGACCGAAUGACAGACAGAUCGAAACAUGUUUCCGGAUAUUUGAAUCUUGUCGCUAACAGUGUAGAUAAUUUUACACAUGGUUUAGCCAUAGGAGGUUCUUUUUUGGUUUCGUUUCGACUUGGAGCCUUAACAACUUUUGCGAUACUUGUACAUGAAAUACCACACGAAAUUGGCGAUUUCGCAAUUCUUUUGAGAAGCGGAUUCAAUCGAUGGGAUGCUGCAAGAGCUCAGUUAAUAACUGCUACUGGUGGCAUGUUUGGAGCAUUUGUUGCUGUUAUUUUCUCUGGAGAUGCAGUUGAAUCAAAAACAAGUUGGAUACUUCCUUUUACUGCGGGUGGUUUUCUUCACAUAGGAAUGGUCACUGUUUUACCAGAAUUGCUGAAAGAAACUAAUCCAUGGGAAUCGCUAAAACAGAUUGGCGCCUUACUUGCUGGCAUUAUUGUUAUGGCAUUUUUAACGAUUAUGUGCGAUUAAGAGAAAGUUUUUUUGGAAUAUAAAUGAGAUUUGCUUGGAAAUGGAAUUUCAGGAUACUCUUUUGGAACGAAGAAACUUUUGUUAGAAAGCAAAUUGU